UGCAGGAGGAGGAGGCUUGGAGCAGAGCGGCAGCAGCAGCAGCCGUGGUGUCAGUCGGCAGGAGGCCAACCGGGAGCAGAAGAAGAAGGACCAGCCGCUCUUGCACCUGCACGCGGAGGAGGAGAAGAAGAAGGAGGUGGACCAGGACCGUGUCGCCGGCCGCCUCAAGCGCUGCGUGGACACCAGGGAGCGCGGCGAGGAGGAGCUGCGUCAGCGGGAAGCUCAGCAGCUAGACUUCCGCUCGCUUCUGGGACGGCGAGAUUUAAACGCCAAAAACCAGCCGAGCGAGGCCGGCCAACGCCACCCGAUGGAUUUUAAGUCCAACCUCAAGGGCGCCAAAGCGAAGACGGAGCAGGACCGCAAGGUCAACUCCCCGCAGCAGGUCGAUUUCCGCGCCGUCUUGGGGAAGAAGGGCGCCUCUGCUGCCACCGCAGAGACGCCCGGGAAGAACGCCAACGCCAAUGCCAAUGCCACGCCAUCCGACUUCCGCUCCGUUCUCGCCAACAAGAAGAAGACGGCGAGCCCCGAGAAGAACGGGGAGAGCGGCGGGAAGGUGGCGGUGAACAACUGCGUGGAUGGGGGGGUUAAGGAGAAGAAGACAGGCGGCGCCCGAGGAGGCGGGAAGGCGCCGGCGUUCGUGGAGACGCUGAGCGAUGUCACGGUGAUGGACGGCCAGCGGCUGCGGCUGCAGUGCCGGCUCGGCGCCUUGGAGCCUGCGGACGCCGCGGUGACCACGUGGACGCUUGACGGCAAGAACAUCAAGUCGUCAAAGUUCAUCGUCCUCGCCAACGAAGGCGGCCUGUGCUCUCUGACGAUCGGUAAAGCUCUGCCAGAAGAUGAAGGACAGUAUAAAUGCAGAGCCGAGAACUCAGCCGGCUCAGCUGAGUGCUCCUGUAUGGUUCUCGUGGACGAUCCGUCAGAAAACUCUCUGGCUGACAAGAAGUCCAAGAAGGCGACUCCGACCUCAGAGAGUGAAGCCAGAAUAAAGAAACCUACGGCCAAGACUCCUCCCAAACAAGCUCUGCCUCCUCAGAUCCUGCAGUUCCCUGAGGACAUGAAGAUCCUGGCCGGGGAGAAGGUGGAGAUCCUCUGCACGUUCUCCGGAGCUACGCCCAUCACCUGCACCUGGCUCAAGUUCAGGAAACCAAUCCAGGAGGCCUCGGCUGAUAUCUCCAUAGUGACCAGCGACAGCAGUAGUAAGCUGACGAUCAGCAGCGGUCAGCAGGAGCACUGCGGCUGUUACACCGUGGAGCUGAGGAACGCCAUCGGCCUCCGCCAGGCCGCCCUCAACCUCACCAUCGUCGAUAAACCCGACCCCCCAGCAAGGGUCCCUGCAGCCUCAGACAUCCGGCGGUCCAGCCUGACCCUGUCGUGGUACGGGCCCACGUACGACGGAGGCAGCGCCGUGCAGUCCUACAACCUGGAGAUCUGGGACUCGCUGGAGCCCACAUGGAAACACCUGGUGUCCUGCAACAGCACCUCCUACAACGUACAGAACCUUCUUCCAGAGCGGCAGUAUAAGUUCCGUAUCCGGGCGGAGAACAUGUACGGAGUCGGAGAGCCGAGCGCCGAAUCUUUACCCGUCACCGUUGGACUGGUGGACGACGAUGAAGAGGCGGAGGUGGAGGAGGAGGAUGAAGACUCGGAGAAGGAGCCCGACUACAGAGACGUGACCAUCCGAGCAGACGUGAAGGUGAAGGAGCUGUACGACGUGGAGGAGAGGCUGGGAACGGGGAAGUUCGGUCAGGUCUUCAAGCUGGUGGAGAAGGCGACGAAGAAGGUGUGGGCGGGGAAGUUCAUCAAGGCGUACUCGGCCAAGGAGAAGGAGAACGUCCGGCACGAGAUCGGCAUCAUGAACAGCCUCCACCACCCCAAGCUGGUGCAGUGCAUCGACGCCUUCGAGGGCAAGUCGGACAUCGUCAUGGUGCUGGAGAUGAUUUCGGGCGGCGAGCUGUUUGAGCGGAUCAUCGACGAGGACUUUGAGCUGACGGAGAGAGAAGUGAUUAAAUACAUGCUGCAGAUCAUCGACGGAGUCAACUUCAUCCACAAGCAGGGCAUCGUCCACCUGGACCUCAAGCCAGAGAACAUCAUGUGUGUCAACAAGACCGGCAGCAAGAUCAAGCUCAUCGACUUCGGCCUCGCCCGCCGACUAGAAAACGCAGGAACUCUGAAGGUUUUGUUCGGGACUCCAGAGUUUGUGGCUCCAGAAGUGAUCAACUAUGAAGCCAUCAGUUACCCCACCGACAUGUGGAGUAUAGGAGUCAUCUGUUAUAUACUGCUGAGCGGUUUGUCUCCCUUCAUGGGCGACAACGACAACGAGACUCUGUCCAACGUCACGUCGGCCUCCUGGGACUUUGAGGAUGAGGCGUUCGACGAAAUCUCCGACAAUGCCAAAGACUUCAUCACCAACCUGCUUAAGAAAGACAUGAAGGCCCGCCUCACCUGUGCUAUGUGUUAUGAACACACCUGGCUGAAGCAGGACACCAACACCAUGAAGGCCAAGAAGCUCUCCAAGGAGAGGAUGAAGAAGUACAUCCUGAGGAGGAAAUGGCAGAAAACGGGUCACGCUGUCCGAGCCAUCGGCAGGCUGUCGUCCAUGGCGAUGAUGGCCGGAGUCAGCGCCAAGAAGGGCUCGCCCACUGAAGAGGAUAACCAGUUCCUGGAGUGUCUGGAGUACGAGCAGAAGACGGAGUGUAAGCCGACGUUCAGCUCGGUGAUCAAAGACGUGGAGGUGGUGGAGGGCAGCGCUGCUCGCUUCGACUGCAAGAUCGAAGGUUACCCUGACCCCGAGGUGGUCUGGUACAAAGACGACCAUCCCAUCAAAGAGACGAGACACUUCCAGAUCGACUACGAUGAGGAAGGAAACUGUUGUCUGGUCAUUUCAGAGGUGUCGGGUGAUGAUGACGCCAAGUACACGGUGAAGGCAGUCAACAGUCUGGGCGAGGCGACAUGCACCGCUGAGCUACUGGUCGAAGUGAUGGCCGGAGAGGAAGAAGAGGAAGAGGAGGAAGAAGAGGAGGAGGAGGAGGAGGAGGAAGAAGAAGAAUAAAGCAGUGUUGGUCUGGACUCCCACAGGAAGAGGAAGAGUUGUACUCCUCUUCAGGAAACUGUUUUACCCACAAAGAGGGUUCAAAAUUAAUUCAAUUUGUUUUUGUCCACCAGCCAAAAUGGCUAGAGAACGUUCACGUUCUAACAAUAAUCGUAAACUAACCCAGGCUCCAUCUCCAGCGCUACGUUUUGGGUUUUAAGCGUUUGAGUUUUGAGCCCAACAUGAACACCAGAGCAGGGGGAAUGAGAGGGGACAACACCAGAGCAGGGGGAAUGAGAGGGGACAACACCAGAGCAGGGGGAAUGAGAGGGGACAACACCAGAGCAGGAGGAAUGAGAGGGGACAACACCAGAGCAGGGGGAAUGAGAGGGGACAACACCAGAGCAGGGGGAAUGAGAGGGGGAACAUAGCAGGAGAAUAUUCCUUUUCAAACCAAAUCGUAGCGGUGGAGAUGUAGCCUCAAAAGAUCGUGUUUUUUCGGCUAAUUAAAAUAAAUACAGAUCGUGUUUGGCGGGGUAGGUGGGCGGGGUUUGUCAUGAGCAGAUGUGAAAGAGUAACAAAUUACAAUUACUCAGAUUACUGUAAUUGAGUAGUUUUUUACUGUGUGCUUGUACUUUUUAAAGUACAUUUUAAAAUCAGCAUUUUCACUUUAGCUUACAGUAAUUUUUUGCUACCUUUUUAAAUCCCAUCCGACCGUUACGGAGUAAAAUAAAAAAGCUUUCUAACGUUGUUUUGGCAAAGUAUCU